AUGACUUCCCUUGCCGAGCGCGUCGCUCGUCUUGCAUUAUCCAAGUUUGACGCUUUGCCCCAAAAUUGUAAACCACGCACUCUAGCAGAUGGCCGAAGAGAAUGGACUCCUUUGUCGGUUAUUGUCUUGGAGCAUGGAAACAACCAAAACUUGACUUGUAUAUCUUUGGCAACAGGGACAAAAUGUCUGGCUGCUUCCGCACUACCCAAAUGUCUCGGUUCCGUUCUCCACGAUUGUCAUGCGGAGAUCCUUGCUUUACGCGGCUUCAACUACUGGCUGCUUAGGGAAGUCCAGGCAAUGCUCGAGGAGCCCGCAUACAGCUCCCCUUUUAUAGAAAUUAGCAACGUGAUACAGAACCUUGAACAAGGCACCUUCUCGCCUGAUUACCGUCCGCCUUGGAAAUUACGGCAAGAUGUUUCCAUUCACUUUUUCACGACGGAGGCUCCUUGCGGUGAUGCGUCUAUGGAAAUUCUUAUGAAUUCAUUCUCUUCUGAUGCAGCAGUGCCUUGGCCGGUGGACGAAAGUGCUGCCACGGUGCUGCAAGGACGAGGUCACUUCUCGCUGUUGGGCCAUGUUCGUCGGAAACCUUCCCGUGCAGAUGCCGAGGCAAGUCUCUCCAAAUCCUGUACCGAUAAGCUAGCUAUCAAACAGUUCUUGAGCACGCUCUCCUUCCCGGCCGAUCUCUUCAUUCGCAGGACCGAGAAUGCAUACAUCCGAAGCCUUGUGGUGUAUUCCGACCAAGUCAACCGUCAGGGCUACGAACGAGCGUUUGGGCUGUCUGGCAGACUCUCUAGUCCCACUUGUUUGGGCCAUUUCUUCCGCGUUGAAGCACUCCCUCCAGAAUUUCGACGAUUUUCUUUCGAGAAAACGCAGCUGAAUUCCCAUAUCACUGGCCAACCAAAAUCCAAAGUGAGCAAUAUUUCUACUCUGUGGAUCAAAGGUCCUGGCACCGGGAUCCAAGAUAACCUAGAAGUCCUGAUCAAUGGAGUCAAGCAAGGCUUCCAGCAAUGGGAUGAAAGGCACAGCAAGGCAAGUGUCGUUUCCAGGAGGAGACUUUGGAAAUUGGGCAAGAGAGUCAGCGAGUCGAUUCUCGAGCACCGGCUCCCACUCAACGGGUCGGACCUUCAACGGGAAACGUUCGACCGCGAAUGGUCCGUGGAACUGCGUCGAGCAUUAUCGGCGAAGACUUACGAACAGGCCAAGUCUUCGUCUCUAAGACAUGCUCACAAGGAAUGUAAAGAACACGUCACUAGCAUCAUGGGAAAUUGGAGCAAGAACGAAGGCGACGAUGACUGGAGCUAUCAUUGA